GAUGCAUGUGUGCGGUCUUGAAGGGCAUGUGCAGUAGCUAUGUGCAGUGGCACGUGCAGGGGAGCACUUGUGUACGUGUGCGCAGGUGGUGGAUAAAUAAUGGCCUGUGCUUCAGGUCCACGGGGAGCGACGGAGAAGGAAAGAGGAAGGCAGAGGGAAAACGUAUGCGAGGGAGAAGAUGGGAGCUCAGGAUGCCAGAGGCGUCACUCAGGGUUUCAAUUUCUGUGCUAGAGUGCGAUAAGGACGAGGAGGCAGAGGGUGUGGAGGAGGGAAGGAGCGAGAGAGAGCGGGCAAACGAGAUGGAGCGAUAGAGACGGAGUGAAAAAAAGAGGCUGAUCAGGCAGAAAAUGUUGUCAUUGGCUACCAAAUAGAAAAAAAAGAGCAGGACUGUACUGUAUAUUUACCACCAUCUCCUGAACCAGACAGAUGACAAGAGCGAGGGUGGGAGAGAGAGAGAGCGAGAGAUAUUGGUUUCAUAUAGGAGGGAGGAGACUAAUCGCAAGGUGAAGGGAGGGAGCAGGAUGACCAACAACACUGGAAACACUGCUAGGGGCGCCAGAGGCAAGGAGGGAGCAGCCGUGAGACGGGGAGAGCGCUACGACUGCCUGAACAGAGUGGUGGGCUGAAUAACAGAAGGAGGAGAUCUGAGAGAGGAGGAGAGAAAAAAGACUGGACGCUGGACUGUAAAGGAAAAAAAAAAAACAACAGAGAGAAAGCUUGAAAGGAGGAGCUGGGAGCCGAAAUGGUCAGAUAGUUUGAAGAGCAGACAGAUGACCGCGUUUUACUUCCUGGUGUGAGAGUUUUGCGUCCCUGUGCUCGUGCGUUGAGUUUCAAUGGAUGCACAACCCCUGUUAUUUUGAGAUAGAUGAUGGGUGUAGCAGUUUACAGCCUGCCGCGUGUUCGGACAAUGUCUGCAGCGGUUUGUCUGUACCUGCACAGAGUUUGACCUUCCUUAGUCAGCAAGCAAGAGUGGGACUGCGGAGAGAGGAAAAGAAGAGAGGGAGUGACUACAGCAAGAGACAGAGUCAGUUAAAGUGGAGUUGCAGCCGGGGGAGUUGUUGUAUUGUGCUUCGUGUGCCGGUGCAACCUGCACUGUGCAUGUGGUUCAUCUGGAAGGAAGGUGGCAGCGUGAAGAAUAGAUUUGAUCCACAAUUAGUGACAGCUCCCUGUCCCCCCCUCCCCCCGAAAGGUCAACUUAACAGAAAAGAUCUCAACUAGAGCCGCUAUUUCUUGACAAAAUCUCUCGGUGACAUGCAUUUUUGAGGUUUUUUAAACGCACCUCUCGGCUGCAGCGCUUUGAAUUUUCUGGAACGAUGGAUGCGUCGGGCAACCCCCAAGGUUGCCCCGCACGUGCUCCCAUCAGGGUGGGAGACUCCAGGAAGGAGGACCCUAGAGUGGGAGACGGGUUGAGAAUGGGGGAGAGAGACACCCCGCUGAGGCUGUCGCCCUUCCGCAUGCUUCGAGUGCUAGACUCGCGUCGUGCUCCGGGAAUCCAUAUCGGUAUCGUCCAUGAGAAUGUGAAGAUGGGUUCAGAUGGAGAGAGCGACCAAGCGUCCGGGACGUCUUCUGAUGAGGUCCAGAGUCCGGUCAGGGUUCGCAUGAGGAACAACCACCAUCGGCGCAUCUCUAAUGAAGACAUAAACAAGCGUCUGUCUCUCCCAGCUGAUAUCAGGCUACCGGAGGGCUACUUGGAGAAGUUCGCAAUGAACAGCCCGCCCUUCGACAAACCCAUGAGCCGCAGGCUACGACGUGCUUCACUGUCUGAAAUCGGCUUUGGGAAACUUGAGACCUACAUCAAACUGGACAAACUUGGAGAGGGGACCUAUGCUACUGUGUUUAAGGGUCGAAGCAAGUUGACAGACAAUUUAGUGGCUCUGAAAGAGAUCCGACUGGAGCACGAGGAGGGCGCCCCCUGCACGGCUAUCCGAGAAGUGUCUCUUCUGAAAGACUUGAAGCACGCCAACAUCGUCACUCUCCAUGACAUUAUCCACACUGACAAGUGCCUGACACUCGUGUUUGAGUACCUGGAAAAAGACCUGAAACAGUACAUGGAUGACUGUGGGAGCAUCAUGAGUGUUCACAAUGUCAAGAUCUUUCUGUUCCAGCUGUUAAGAGGUCUGGCAUACUGCCACAGAAGGAAGGUUCUCCACAGAGACCUCAAACCCCAGAACCUGCUCAUCAAUGAAAAAGGAGAGCUCAAACUGGCAGACUUUGGUUUGGCCCGAGCCAAGUCUGUCCCUACGAAGACCUACUCAAAUGAAGUUGUGACAUUAUGGUACCGACCACCAGAUGUGCUUCUAGGCUCCACUGAGUACUCUACGCCCAUUGACAUGUGGGGCGUGGGCUGCAUCUUUUAUGAAAUGAUCACCGGCAGACCUCUUUUCCCUGGAUCGACUGUGGAGGAUGAGCUUCACCUCAUAUUCCGCAUCCUUGGUACGCCUACUGAAGAGACUUGGCCAGGUAUCACCACCAGUGAAGAAUUUAAGACGUACAAAUUCCCCCAGUACCGCCCAGAACCCCUCGUCAACCACGCACCCAGAAUAGACAACGACGGUCACGACUUGCUCUCAAUGCUCCUACAGUUUGAGGCAAAGAAGCGAGUAUCGGCUGAGGACGCUCUCAAACACUCAUAUUUCCGGAGUCUUGGAGAUCAGCUUCAGACACUAGCUGACACUGCAUCCAUCUUCUCCUUCAAAGACAUCCAGCUCCAGAGAGAUCCAGGAAAGAGAUCCUCAGUCUACCCAGAGUCAAUGAUGGCCCAUAAGCUAGGCUCAGCACCCUCGCAGUACUUCCAGAGAGAAGCAGCCAAUCCCAGGGCUCAGAGUCAAAAUCUCUCCUCCACUUCCACUGGCUGAGUGGCCUCUACCAUUCUGCCCAGGGAAAGAGCAGGAGGCAGAGUGUGUUGUUUUAGUCCUGCCGGGGGGGGCGCUGAGGCCCAGAGGACAGUGACACCUGGAGCUGUCCUCCCAGACAUACAUUCACUGACCCUGCCACACACGCUGGAGGAGCGACAAACAUCCUGCCAUAGAAACAUGCACACACACGCACACACACACAUUGAAAAACAAAACCACACAGGACUAAGGCUGAAGAAUUCAUACUUGACAUAAAAAAAGAAUAUAAACUUAGAGUUCAACCCCAAAGACUGAAGAAUGAGAGAGCGUGCGUGGUGCUGGACAGAAAGUGUGAGAGGACAUGAUUCUCCUUACUGCAGUUACCGCUGCUGACCAGAGGAGGGCAGCGUUUGGUAUGCGUGGGCUGACUCUGGGUCUUUGGAACAGAUCUUUCUGCAUCACUGAAAUGUGGGAGAGAAGGAACGCGAGGAGACACGAUUCAAAGACAAAGAACGAGAGAAAGGAACCCUGUUGCUCCCUCUCAUUUGUGACUUCUGUUCUCUUCUUGGACUGUUGUUGUACAUAAAGAGACUGAGCUGUAGAACGCAUUUUCAUAACAUGCCUCAGCCUGAAUUCAAACUCUGAAUAUUGCACCGCGGCCCCAGACCCUAGCCUUCUUGGCCCCCCAAACACACAAACACACACACAUACACACAUACACACAUACACAUCUCUCUUUCUCUAUCUUCCUGCCUCUCUCUCAAAUACACAAACAUAAACACACACACACACACACACACACACGCAUGAUAUCAAGAGUGUGUAGAUCAUUGAGGUUUACAGAGUUAAACUUUAGCACCUUAUCGUCAGGAGGUCAGGGUGGUUGUUAUCAAGUUACCUCAUCAGUCACUCGAGCAGAGCAGGGUGUAAAGUACACGCUAGUUAAUAGAGUGAAGAAGAAUCAAUAUGAGAAACCAAAAAAAAUGUAUUGGACACCACCACACUACAGUUAAAAGCACUGCUACUCACUGACACAGUAGUAGGCCAUGGCUUCAUUUGUCACACACUCGUAUAGAGCACUACGCCACAAUGAUGCUCCUGUUUCAGUAUGCAAGAACAACACUGAAGGACGGAGGGGUAAAGGGAGUGUACAAAUCCUCACCUGCUUAUUCUUAGACACCCCCUUCCUCUUUUGCCUUGACUCAGACGUUGUCUUGAUUUGUUGCAUUGUGUCCACAGGUGUUGAUGUUGAUGUUCUCUUUGCACCUGAUUAUUUACCUCUGUAGAUCAACCAUUUGACAAACCCCACCUUCUCAUGCCCAACUCCAAGUGCAUUUGAUUUUUUUGUUCCUUUGAAAAAAAAAAGAAAUCUGUAUAUAUAUAUGAACCUAAUUUUUACUUGUCCGAAGCAAUGAUAAUUCCAGGAUGCUGUUCUCAGUCUUUACUGUGUUCUCACUGGAGCAGCAACUGCCUGGGGACGUGUUGCACAUUCCUCGAGCUCAGGACUUAUUGCUAGUGUUGUUUUAUGAAUGCUGUGAGGUGCAGCUGGUCUUGUAUGUGUCCAACCCCCCCCCCCCCAGUAGAACGGAGUAUAUGUCGGACAUGGCUUGAAAUCCAUCAAUCCUUUUUUCUGAAGUGUAUGUGAAGGAGAAGAAGAAUUUCUCAGCAUCAUCCUGUCGGUCUUCUGUGUUGGUUUGCCCAUAACGUUGCUGUUCAGAGACUUACCCGUGUCUUUACUCGUCAUCUCCUGUUUGCACGUUGGCACACUGAUGUUUUUUCAGUUGGUAUGUGAAAGAGCUGCUGCUGGAAAACAAAAUGCCUGCAGUCGGAUUUAAAUUCAGGACGGUACUUUAUUUUACUACAGGAUCUUCUGACACCAAACGCCACAUUAACCUGUUUAUAGAGUGUGGAGACGGUACCUUCAGUUGAAAUGAAUCACAUCUACAGUGUGAUGUGCUGCCGGCAUUGGGACCAGAUAGUUUGUAUGACGAAUUCGACUCAACCUGGGGGGUAUGAAGUACAGUAAAUACUCUCAGGUUGCCUGUCUAACCCUAACCCGUAGCCUCUUUUGAAUAUUUCAAGCUCAGACACACUGUUGUUUCAUGCUGUUAUUGUUGCAGACUGCCAGAAACAACAGGACCAGAGUCCAUCCUCCAAGCACCACAGGUCUUCAAGCACACAACUGUUUCACACACCAAUAGGUUGACGUAUCCUGUAUCUCGGCUGUAGAGGAUGCAGAUCAGAGUCUCCUGCUCCCCCCCGGGCACCGACCUCGGGUCACUCGUGCAGCGUUUUCUCUCGGUGUUGGUUCGGAAAAGGCGAGGUGAUCCCACGUCUGUGCCUGUAAGAAGGACUACUUAUUCACCCAGAGUGUGACAGUAUGUAGCAUGUACAUAGAAGAUCCCUCACUCUGUAUAUACAAACGUGUACAGGUUUGAUACAGCUAUUCACAUUCUGGCUUUUUCUUUGCAAUUCUUUAAUGAAAGUCAUAGCAAUAUUUCUGUAAUCAAUAAAACGCCAAGGUAAUAGGAUGAUUGGAUUUGUGUUUAUUUAGAGAGGUGGAAGUGACUGUGAAUGAUCAAACUGUGAGACUUGACUUUACUGAUGACAGGUUGUUGUUUAUUUUUCCUUUUUUUGCUGUAUAACCUGCUGGAUCGAAAAGGCUGGAAGUAAAGUAUCACGUUGCAAAGGAGUAUAACAUUCUGAUAGUUUUGAUUUUUAUCAAUGAAAGCCAUAAUUCUCAUAUACAGGUUACAAAAGGUCUGAUUGUGUGUGGUGGGUGUGUAUCAUGCUUGAACACAAACCUUAAGAAGCAAAGGGGAUGUGUACACAGAAUAAAGAACUAAAAUAAUA